ACGACUACUCCGAUGGUGGUAAGGGAAUAAGAGUGAUGCGAUCAGUUAUGCGGUGCGUGCGGGGUUAAGGGAUGAGAGUAUGGCAAUAUCCUGCUGAAUUCUCCUUGUCAUUGGUCUCUUGUCUCAAUAAGGUUUACGUGGGAGAAUGAUGCGGGUACUGUGCAGAAUUGUCCGUUGCUGUGCUCGGGAAACUUGUCGCGAGCAGGAAGAGUGCGAACAAAUAACGAUUGGUUCAGUGUAUCUGUCAGGACUUGAUGUUUUCGGGUGAUCCCGCAAGCGAAAACAGGAAGGAAGCCAUUUUGCCUGAACCAGCCCAGAAGCGGCCGAGAAUUCAGGAGCGCCAAAUCGAUUCACCAAUCGAAUUCGCAAAAAUGGGUGUAAACGGUGAAAAUGGUAUGGCAGAUAAUGAUGAUGUUAUCCUGGAUAAAAAUCUUUACUCGCGGCAAAUUUAUGCUCUGGGUGAAUCGGCAAUGAUGCACUUGAGAAAAGCAUCUGUGUUGAUAUCAGGCAUUGGUUCAGUUGGUGUAGAAGUCGCUAAAAAUUUGAUUCUUGGUGGUAUUCGUCAAGUAACAAUCCAUGACACACGUGAUACGAAAUGGCUAGAUUUGAGCGCGCAGUAUUACCUGAAGGAAUCGGAUAUUGGAAGAAAUCGAGCGGAAGCAAGUUUUGAACGCUUGGCCGAACUGAAUGACAGUGUCACUUGUCAUCUAUCAAUGGAGCCACUAAGUGAAAAUUUCAUAAAACAGUUUGACUUAACAGUGCUCACUGAUGCACCGCUCUCCACACAGCUGAUGGUGAACGAUUGGACUCGCAAAUACAAUCGUCGUUUCAUAACUACUGACUCUCGGGGACUGUUCGGUUUUAUAUUCGUCGACGUGGGUGCAGAAUUCAAAGUAAAUGACUUAAAUGGAGAACGAUGUAAGGAAUUACUGAUUGAGCAUGUAGAUGCGGAGACAGGUGAUGUAACAACGUUAGAUAAUGUGAUGCAUGGUCUUGAGGAUGGCGAUUACGUCACGUUUUCGGAAGUCAAAGGGAUGACUGAGUUAAAUGGUAUUGAACCACUCAAAAUCACAGUUAAAAAGCCAAAUGUGUUCAAUAUCGGUAAGGUCGCUGCUGAGUUUUCCCCUUAUGUGGAGGGUGGACGUUUUAUACAAAUUAAAGUGCCUUCUACAGUUUUGCACAAAUCGCUGAAGGAAUCACUUAAUGAACCGGAUAUAUUAAUGUGGGAUUUCGCAAAAUUCGAAAAUCCCUCCCAGCUCCAUGCCUUAUGGCAAGCAUUGCAUUCCUUUGAAGAUAAGCAUAAACGAAGCCCUGCACCACGGAGCGAUGAGGAUGUUGAACUUCUCAAGAUUGAAGUACCAUCUGGUGUCGAAUUAAACGAAAAUUUGCUAAGGAUCUUUACUUAUCAGGCUUGUGGUAAUCUUGCACCAAUUGCAUCGAUUGUUGGUGGCAUCGCUGCGCAGGAAGCAAUGAAAGCUGUUAUGCAUCAUAUGACCCCGCUGAAACAGUUUCUUUACAUUGACUGCAUAGAAGCGUUGCCAGGCGAUUGGUCACCUUUUGAUAAUAACAAGCUGACGACUAAUGAUUGCGAAAUGAAAAACUGUCAGUAUGACGGUCAAAUUGCUGUAUUUGGACGAGCUUAUCAGGAAGCGCUUCUGAAACAGAAAUAUUUCAUUGUUGGCGCAGGUGCUAUUGGAUGUGAAUUAUUGAAGAAUUUAGCCAUGAUGGGUGUAGCAUGUGGACCUGAUGGUAAACUGAAAAUAACAGACAUGGAUCAGAUUGAAAUCAGUAAUCUUAAUCGACAGUUUUUGUUUAGGCGAAGUGAUCUUGGCAGUAAAAAGUCUGAGGUAGCUGUUAAAGCAGUAAAGAAAUUCAAUCCUAAUAUUAAAAUUGACGCACUUUCGGAGCGUGUUGGUGCCGAUACGGAGAGCAUCUUCACUGAUGAUUUUUUCAACGAUCUCAACGGUGUACUGAAUGCACUCGACAAUGUUGAUUCACGUCGAUAUAUGGAUCGUCGCUGUAUUUACUAUCGUUUGCCGCUCCUUGAUUCUGGAACGAUGGGUACGAAGGGUAACACGCAAGUGAUUUAUCCUCAUCUUACUGAAUCUUACAGUUCAUCGGUUGAUCCGCCGGAAAAAGACAUUCCAAUUUGUACACUGAAGAAUUUCCCGAAUGAAAUUCAACAUACCAUACAAUGGGCACGAGAUUUAUUUGAAGGCCUUUUCACAACUCCAGCAGAAACAGCAAAUCAAUUUAUAUCUGAUGAACGCGGCUUCUUGCAGCGGGUUGAUCAAAUGAACACAACUCAGCGACUACAUAUAUUAUCCAAAGUAGAAGAAGCUUUGAUCCGCGAAAGACCACAUAGUCCAGAAGACUGCGUGAAGUGGGCCCGGAUGAAGUUCCAGGAAUACUUCUACAAUAUGAUUGCACAAUUAUUGCAUACGUUUCCGUCUGAUCAAGUGACCGAACAGGGGAUUAAAUUUUGGUCAGGUAGUAAACGUUGUCCACAUGUUCUAGAUUUCAAUCCAGAUGAGCCAGAACAUUUCAAUUUUGUUUGGGCUGCAUCGAUCCUUCGAGCGCAACAAUAUGGUAUUGCACCAAUAAUUGACAAGAGAAAAUUUUUGGCUGUCUUAAAUGAAAUCCAUCCGCCACCUUUUAUGCCAAAGUCUGAUAUAAAGAUAGCUGUUACUGAAGCUGAAGCGAAACAAGAAGAAAAGGCAAUCGCUGAUGAUGACGUCGAUGAAAAAUUGCAAUCGGUCAUGAUGAAUUUGGCUAAACUGAGCAAAAAAACAACGAAGUCAUUGAUUCCGAUUGACUUUGAAAAAGAUGAUGAUACUAAUCAUCACAUGGAAUUUAUCACUGCAGCUUCAAAUUUACGCGCUGAUAAUUACCAAAUCACACCAGCAGAUGUUAUGAAAACGAAACAGAUUGCUGGUCGCAUAAUCCCGGCUAUAGCGACGACAACAGCCGCUGUAGCUGGAUUAGUCUGCGUUGAGCUGUAUAAAAUGAUUGGUGAUGGACAUAGAUUACCAAAUGUCCCGUUGGAACUUUUCAAGAACGGUUUUUUGAAUUUAGCCCUACCAUUUUUCGGAUUUUCGGAGCCAAUCGCAGCGCCAAAGAAGAAGUGUGCGGAUGGAUAUUUUACGCUGUGGGACCGAUUCGAAGUACAAGGACCGAAAAAAAUGAAGGAAUUAAUUCAGUGGAUCAAAGAGGAAACCGGACUGGAUGUUACGAUGAUGUCAUGUGGAGUGUCACUUAUCUAUAGCUUUUUCUUAAGCAGUGAUAAAAGAAUGGAGCGCUUGGAGCAAGACAUGAAAGAGGUCGUGGAGGAAGUGACAAGAAAAAAGAUUCCAGAUCAUGUGCAAUCAAUUGUUCUUGAAGUAAUAGCCAAUAAUAAGGAUGAUGAGGAUGUAGAGAUUCCGUAUAUCAAAUUCAAUCUUGGAUAAAAAUAUGCUGUUGUUAGAUUUUUGUCGAAUUAUGCGAGAUAAUCGUGUAUCAAGGUUAUCUUCCGAGUUAAUUUGAUGCAGCAGGAUCGAGCUAGAAUACUUUUUGCGGGUUUCAAAACAUGCUUUCUUCACUGAGCUCGAUGGUAUGAAUAACUUAAAAUUUUGUGAUUUGAACUGAUAUACCUGUCAUCGUAAUAGUUUUGUCUUUGUGUGACCUCAUUUGAAAUGCAGUGGUUUUGAGAAUUCUCUUCGAAGAUAGGCGAAAGGAGAUCCUUUAUGUUUAAUACUCGCGUAGGCUGUCAGUGAAUGCUUUAAAAAGUUUGAUGAAAGUGUUGCUGGUUUUAUCUUUUUUGCAAAUUGUUUCGAAGUUAUUGGUCAUUACGUGACACAGUUUUUCAUUUUCCUCAGAUCUUUCAUCUGUAACAUUUUACGCAACUUUUAUGUAAGGGUUUCUCAAUAUUAUCGGUGUUUUGAUAAAUUUUGUUUCACUCUUCUGAAGUAGUACUUCUUAAAUUUUCCUCAGAUAAAGAGGAAUUGAGCUUUUAUUGAUUAAAUUUAUAAAUUUCACUUUUUUUUUCUUAAAGAGAUACCUAAGCCGUCUUCUCUCUGCUGAAAUGAUAGAUUGAUCAAUGGUCUUUUUUUCAUUGUAAUUCUGACUUGAACGGAUUUUUUUUAUUUUUUAUCGCUUCUUUCAUGAAAUAAGAUGAUUUCAUGCUUUAUCCAGUCAUCUCGCUUUUCAGUUUUCGAAAUGUUUUGUUGUUUCAUUUCGAACUCCAAGCAAACAUUUUCGAAUUCGAAUCACGUAUCUUCCAUUUUUCAUGUAUGAUACCGUCUUCUUCGCAAAGUGAACUCCAUUUUAAGCAUACACACACGUGGGUGGUUGUAUGGUUUUGUUAAACUCCAUUUCACUUUACUUUCUCCUUAGUGCUUAUUCCGUUGUUUAAUUACCUUUUCUAUGGUAUUCAUGAAAAAUUGCAACAAUGAAUGCCGCAUUACAUUGUCGUAAGCACAGAUAUAUGUCCUUUCAAUUGCAAGUUCGUUAUUUCUAAAAAUUUUUGCUUUAUAUAAUCAGUAAAGAUUUAGUUCUGCAUCAAAUGUUGCGUGCUGGUGAAUGUUGUAGUUGGAAGUCUGUCUUGUAAAAGUUUUUUAUUUUGUAGGCACAGUCGGAUAUUUUUGGUAAAGGUUUGUUGGUAGAUGGGGGAAAUAUUCUUUAUACAUGUUAUAAGAGAAUUGUUAGGGAAUAUCAGAGUUGAUCAUCACCAGUUGUUGAACUGAUACAAGUCGAGUAUUGUUGCGCAGAUGAGUAGAUAUAUGACUGUUGAAUGAAUAGUUGAAUCCCUGAGAUUCUCUCAGUUUAUAUAGUGGGAGUAUAUUUACAAUAUUUAGCCACUGGCCUUUGUGCAGCUAGAGCUUCUUUACAAUCCAUUAAUUACGGAUACGAUUAGACUGGGG